GGGCGUUUUGUGUCAGUCGAACAACAGCACGGACCGUACACGUUUUCACGAUACGUUAUCUGCAGGUAGCUGCGUUCUUAUCGAACGUUAAUCCCGGGGGUUUCCGGGCAGGUUCUGUGUUUUGUGCGGUGUUUGUUUUUCCAAUCUAGUGUGAAACUCGUGUACGUCGUCCUUCACUGUUGUGCACUUCUGCAUCAGAUUUUUGGCUGCUCCCGACUACCAUAUUCGCUUCCCCAGUGCACGGAGUGGUGGAAGGAAAGUGAAAAACGUGGUGCGAAAACCAUUGCGAUCGGAAGUGACGCGUGCCAAAAAGAAGGAAUGAAAAACAUCGAAACGUGCAUGCAAGUGUGAGUGUGUUGAUUAUCGUUCGUAUGAAUUAAAUGGGAUGUAAGUGAAAAAAAACGGAUCCAAAUCCGCAUCUGCGAUAGGAGGAAGGCGAAAAGGUUUGUGCAGUGAUAUUUAAAUCCCGAUGACCGAUGCCCGAUGCGCCAUGUGCCCAGUGUGAGAGUGCUGUGGAGAAUAAAACGGAAGGAUACAAAUGUGCACCGUGCCAAAUGUGCUAUAAAAUGAGCCAGACGAAUAAAAUCAUCGGCUAGUCAUUAAAAAGGGCAAUUUGUGUGUGCGUGUGUGGGUGUCUCUGUGUGUGUAUGUGUGUGUAUUGUGUCCGAUAGUGGAUCUGUGCAUAAGUGCACGUGUGCGUGAGUGUGUGUGUGUUUUUGCAAUCCGUUAAGCGCAUCGCGUCAUUAGCAAUCUCCAGUUGCGCAAGCGGAAGUGUUCGCGACGCUGCUGGAAUCUGUAUUCCCUCGUGGGACCAGAUAAAAGAAUAGGUUGAUCAUCGGAUUUUACAGAUCACCUUUAUCAGCACGUGCAUCCAUUCCGUCUUUAUACUAGCACACGAACAAUUUCGCGCAACAAUGGUUGGGGAUUGGUGUAAACUGCUUACGGGCGUACUACGUCCAUCGCGGUCCUUCGGUUGUAAUGUCCUGAAACGGUUCAUCAGCAUCGGCAUCCUGCUACAGAUCAUCGCCAAUUGUGAUUAUGGCUUUGGUGCUAUUCGAUCGGUGCAGCUGGUGGUGGACCCUCCCGCAGUACGCCGUGGACAACAUGCAACAUUGCGUUGCCUCUACGAUUUGGAUGAUUCGCCACUGUACUCCGUCAAGUUCUAUCGCGGUUUGCGAGAGUUCUACCGUUACUCACCGGGACAGCAGCCGAGUAAAAAGAUAUUUCCUUUUCCCGGCAUCAAUGUCGACGCUUCGCUCUCCGACAACCGACAGGUGGUUAUCAAAAAUGUGGGCUUCGGGCUGUCGGGCAAUUUUUCCUGUGAAGUUACAGCAGACGCACCAUCGUUCUCUACCGCCACCGAACACAUCAGCAUGCAAGUAGUGGAACUACCCGACAGUGGGCCCACCCUGUGGACGGAACAUACCCGCUAUGAGCCAGGAGACGUGCUGAGAGCAAACUGCACCUCACAACCAUCGAGACCGAAAGCUGAGCUAACACUGACGCUGAACAACAUGGUGGUUUACACAUCGCACGAAGAAUCACGAACCACCACGGACAAUCUGAUCUCGAGCAGUCUCACCUUACGGCUACACCUGCAAAGCUCGCACUUCGGUACGGGGCUGAUGCCGGGACUAGGCGGUGCGUCCGGAUCCGGUGGCGCACUGUUGCUGCGAUGUACCGCCACCAUAGGGAAGCUGUACGAGCGCUACACCGAGCUGGAGCUGGGCGUGCCCCAGCGGGAUCCAAUACCGGCCAGAGUCACCUCGUCCGGCGGUGGACGGAUAUUGCCGAGCCCGGCAGGAGGCAUCGUCGGGUGCCGAAAUCUGUGGAUGCUGAUCCUCAUCACGCUGGCACUGGUGCUGCACAACAACCAUCCCUCAUUAGCCCCACUCAGUCGACCGCUCGUCCCGCUCGGUGCGCUUCUUCGAAGAUAGUUUGCCUACACCCGUAUGCCGUGAUGCAGUGUCCAGUCGGAACCGACGGCUAAUACUACUACUACUGUGCUCCGUUAGUGCUAACAAGACCCAUUGCGGCGGCAGCAGUAAGAGGCGUAGAAUCCACAACCCCACUGGAACCCCCGCAAUUGCCGUGGUGGGGAAUGGGAAUGGCAUAAAAAACUGACUACAGGAUUUAACCGGAUUGUCGUACAUUUCGUUCCCCAUCAUUUGACGCGUUAUGUGUUUUUCUUCCUUCUGUCCUCCUACCCGGCUGAGCCACUGCAUGUGCAUGUGAGAGCAUGGGGCAGUGACUAUCCCUUUGCAUCCUUCCAUCCCGGUCUAUAUCCCUGGCAUAUUCACACGUAAUGUGAAUGGUGUGUCAUCUCGUCGAUAGAUCAUGCGGUUUAGGAGAGCAUAUUUCUGCAGCUGGAUGGUGGGGGCAGACCGCAACCAGCACGCUGCGUCUCGAACCGUAAAGCCAAAGCCAACGACCGUGAUGUUUAGAAUGACACUAAUGAUAAUGAUGAUGAUGAUGAUGAGGAGGCGGAGGAGGAGGAGGAGAUUGAGGAUGGUGGAUGAUGAGUGUUUUGCAGAACUUUUCUCGCCGUACAGAGUGUCCCUUUUCGAUUGAAUCGUUCCAAAUAGUUCCAAAGUCGAUCAAAGAUUCUGAUUUGAUGCCUUUAAUCCCAGGAAUAGGUGACGUGUCUGGAUCGGUGACCAGAGUUAUACCUAUGGGUUGAUUUCAUCUUCGCUCUACUGAAUUCAAGCGUCUGCAUCAAUUGCUGUAGAACUCUAAAAACAAACUUUCAAUAACGAUUUGUAUAAAAGAUUGUGCUCUCUAUCGCAUUCUGUAAUCGAUCAGUUUACAAAACACGAGCCUUUGAUGUCCAAGAAUGAAACUCUCACCCUAUUGAAAGUAAAUUAACUCAAGACACCUAAACAUACAGAAAUACAUUGCAAGCGACGAAUAGGAAUCAUUUCAACAAAUUCUAUGCAAAUUCGAUCUACACUCGUUUCACUCGUGCUUCUCAUUUGAUAAUGAGUCGAUCGAAAUACAUAAAAACCGUUCCUACCAAUAGAGCUGAAAAUAAGGGUUUUGCGAAAAAAGGAGAGGGGUGAAAGUUUCGCUUAUUCGUUUAACUUUACGAUCCCUUUUUUGUCCUGGUCCUCGUUGAUAAAACAUCAUCUAAAUGGGUAAAAACUUCUUUUCACUGUUUAAUUUCCCUUCAUUCCAGUAAGUGUGUGCAUGUGGGUGUAUGUGUGAAAGAGAGUGCACGAUAGCAACAUCAAACCGAGUACCGAGCAAAAGGUAGCACGAGAGUGCAUUCGGUCACGGUGCAUCGUAUCUGCGUUGCACCAAUACCGAGCCCGUAACUAUCAUGAUGCCAAUCAUGGUCUCUCGGUCCCGCGUUCCACCUCUGCCGUUGUACUUCACCGGUACUCUGCUACGCUACGUGCAACAUAGCGCAGCCAGCAAGGAGCAAAUUGGAAGGGGCGGCCUGCGAAUAGGGAGCACGGCGGAACAGUCAUGGUGAUGGCACGGUUCCGCAAGCGAAAAUUUAAUUGAAAAUGAAUAAAUGAAGUUAUGCUGCUUUGGUGCACUUUCGUUUGAUGUGUCGAUUUUUGUUUUCCACAUUGCUGCUGUUGCAGCGACGGUCCGUCCCGUCCCUGUACGCUUUCGUUCUGUUUGCUUCGCGAAGGAAACAAAAAAAAAGCACGUGUUGAAAAUGCGAUGCCGUAGUGGGAAACAUUUAUUCGAAAAUGCCUGCAAUAAACGGAACCAUUUGGCGUCCCAUUUUGCAGCGUAACCAUAUUGGCGGUAAAUGAAUAGGGGGAAGAGCAAAAUUGGAUCAUGUUGGACGUAAACUGAUCAUAAUGAUCUUUUACACGAGAGAGGAAGAAGAAGAAAAGUAACACAUUUACACUUUUAUCGUUCAAGGUGAGUUGUGGAAAGGACGCUCCUUGCUGCUUGUGCGCGAACUGCUAUAUGAAGAGGACACAAAUAGAGUGCAAUGGAAAACUCGCAACAUGCAGUUUUUGUCUUUGAGCUCAACUCAAUCAAUCACACCAAAACUGUGAUUUGCAAGCAAACAAAAACCAUAGACAGCACACACAAAAAAGUGCAUUGCACUUAAAAGUCAUUUGAAAUUUGUCAAUAAUCACGAAAAGGCCACCGUCGUCAUUCCUUCGCGCCGCAGCCCACGCGGAAAGGGGGAGUGAGAGCUUAUCGGUGAUUUAAAUCGAACAUGCUUAAGGUCCAAUUCAAUCAAGAAAGGGUGGUGGAGGGGCAUCGAGGGGGAAGAGAGCAACGGGAGCAAAUGAAACCCCUUCACCUCCUUCGCCAAACAACCUUCGCACGCCAUCAACGAUAGAUUAAUUGAAUGCACUAUGCACUGUUUGGCAUAGGAAUGCGAGCGACCGCCCCGGAGGGAAAAUGUUCCCAACUCCAGCCAACCAAAUGUGACUUGCAAAUCAAAACCUUAUGGCUUUAGCGCACCGCGUGCACCUGUGCACCCCUACUUGCUCCGCUCCCGUUCGCUAUCGCUGUGCUUAUUGGAAAACGGAAUAAAUUGAUUAAUUCUACGGGCGCGGGAUGAAAAUAAAUCGUCCAUCCUGCAGUCCACACUGUCGCUGAUUGGGUCGCGUUGAUCGAUGGCUUUCGUUGGCUUGCUUUUUUUGCCUUUGUAGCCGUGGUUGUUGUUGUUGUUGUUAGCACUCUCUCUCUCUCUCUUCGCCCCACAUUGAUCACGGAUUCAGCCUUGAGCAUCCAUUUCGAUGUUUAUGAAACUAAUGAUACUACUCAGCAGCAUCAUUUCCACCACCCGCCGGAUCUCGCAGGAAAGUGGUGCAGGAAAGCGGUGCAACAGGAAAGGCAAUCACGCUGCUUCCGCUGUUACUGACGCUGCACCGCUGCAAGCAGCCUCCAAUAUAAUUAAUUUUAAAUGUAUUUAUCAAUCUCCUCGUUAAAACCCGCCCCGGAAACGGGGAAUUGAUCACACGAACACACACACACAGCGUGGGUUCGUACCGUGCGCAUAGCUUAUUUGAUCGAAUUUACUUUUUACACAUUUCGGCAGAAUCGGAAUGAAAUCAUGCAACGGGAAUCGGGGCGCAUCGGGGGCAAAAACACUGGUAUACCUUCAAAUGACACUAAAGUGCUGCAAAACACUCAUGCUCAUCGUCGAAAAAUAUAUAUUUAAAAAUCAGUAAAAAAAAACAUGAACAUAAAGAUUCAGCACUAGAUGGUAAAACUGAUGUGUAAAUAGUUGUUAUUUGAUAAGAGCUUUCCGUUGGCAAAGAGCGGCAGACGAGUGCCAGAAUACACGCCGCUAUAAUGAAAGAAUCAAACACGCUCGAGCUGCAUUCAAUCGGCAAAAGAUCCCAUCACAGUCCACGGCUAUGCUUAGUUUCGAACUCAUUCCAGCGGCCCGUCUUGGUUUGCUCCGCCAAGUUUAACAGUGGAGCACAGAUUGGCGUGUGUUUGCAGCCGAGUGAAAAACAAAAUUGUUGUAGCAACUUCUAAACUAUCGAAUCCACAAUCGAAUCGAACAUGAUAUACCCAUGGUACAAGCGAACCGAACAGCUAGAUGUAUUAAAGUUUCUUUUGUAUGAUCGUGUGUUAGGGAUACACCUCUGUGCAUAUGGCAUUUCAACCGGAGGCAGUCAACGUGUAUGUAAGCGACAGAGGAAGGAUGUGAAACCCGAUACGCAAAACCAAACCCGAGAGCUACUAGAAGAUUACCUAAGAAGAAUCUAACUCUAAACGUUUUUCGAUGUAAUAAAUUAUUAUGUAUGGGAAAGGAAAUGCGGAGAACAGGAAACAUACAUACAUUUAAUACAAAAUGCCGCAUAGGAACAAUGCCACAAUAGUGAAAGCUAUUGAAGCAGAACAAACUUGGUAGGAAACAGAAAGGAACAGCUGCAACACUUUAAAUUAGGUGCAUGAGCUAAACACAGGCUAGAGGAAAUAAAUCCCUUCCGUGGCAUGUUGAUAGAACAGUGUUUUGACAAAGCACCGUGUCAAGAUGUGCAAAAGGUCAAAUCAUCCAUCAAAUCGAUGCAGCCAAUCAAGAGAUACGAAAAUCAAACCCCUUCACAAAUAAACAAAAGAAUCAGCAAAACAUGAAUAAUUUAGGUGGCUUUUUUGUAAAAUGAUCGAUACCGGAGUAGGUUCUCCGUACAGAUGAAGGUGCUGUGCAGAGAGAAAGAGAUGAAGAAGACGAAAGUAAAUGGAAGAAAAAAAAAUGAAACAAUCUAGGGCAAAAGUGUUAGCAUACCACAAUAAGGUCAUGAGUAGGAUGAUGAAGAACUGAAAGUGUUUAAAAGUGAGCGUAAAACUAUUGACGGAUGAAUAUUUGAGACACAUUUGCCGAUCUUCAGUUGCAGUGGGGGACGGUGGGUGAAAACAGCCGCUACAAAUAAUUCUCUAGUGCGUUGGGUUGUGCAGGUGAAUAGCAAAAGCAGGGUGCAUUAUAUGAUAUUGGUUUAAAUAAAAUGAAUCCGAACAA